UAAUCUGAAAGGCGCAUUUGACCGGAGCUUGUUUAAGAUGUUUGUAAAAAUAACAUAAUAAAAUAAUAAAUAAAUGAAGGGACCAGAGUAAAUCCGCCCCGGGUAUCCCUCAGGUCUUACUCCAGCUUGAGACAUCCCAGUACCAGGUGUAUCUGGCAACAAGCAGCCACUUUGGAGCCGCUCAGGUUUGCAGGGCAGCAGGGAAGAACAGCAGAGAAGAACAGCAGGAAACCGGGAUAAAGCACAAGUUCUGCGGUCUUUCCUGAGCGACGCGGACUGUGGAGCGUCUACAGAAGCUGCUGAAGGAAACCAAGUCCACAUCCAGCCCGCUCGCACUGACUCGUGCGUAAAAUGAAGGAGGACGAGGACCCAACCGUCGGGUUUCUCUUGUGCUCCGCUUUUAUCGCACAGAAAGAGAAGAAAUUGACAUAAAACAAGAGAAGAAAUAUGGAUGAAAGUGUCUCAGAGGAUGUUGGAUUAAUCUAACCAAAACCUUGUCAAAUGUACAGUCAACGCUGUGAAGAGGAGUCGCUAUUGGAAAAGCACUGGGAACCGGACAAGAAAAUGGAAAAGACGACAGUUAUUCAAGAAAAGAAAAGAAGAGAAAAACAUCCCAUGGAUAUUUAGCAAUUAUCUAUGAGCAGACUUCACAUCUAGAAUGGUUCUUUUCCUGGAUUUGAUGUCUGUUUUGUAACUGCGCUGUUUUGGCUCUCCAGCAUCAUCGGAGACAGCAAACACAGCAGCGUUUCUUUACAAACCUCAGUUCAGAAGGUUUCUUGUGGACUGCAGAAAAGAUUUUAAGAAAAGACAACAAGCAAACCUUGGUAUCUAUCAUCAUCAUCAUCAUCAUCCUGGUGCAAGCAGCUCCCUGCUUAGCAUUAUUGAAAAGGAGGAGCCCAUUAAAGGUUUGUUAGACAGGAAAGCUAGGUCCGACUUGCCUGCUGGCUGCCAGUUGGGGUUGAGAUAAGAGAGAGUUUGUCUAUCUGUCGCUGGGAACAAAUUAGGAUUUGGCUUUCCCGCUGCUAUACAAGGCAAACGAGUCAAUUCUGGACAAAUGAAAUGAACAAAUUAGCUUGUUACUGAACCCAACUUAUCGCCGGUAUCAUUAGCUAUGAACUGAAACGAUGGAGGAAGAGAUAUAAAAGUUAUGCUUGCAUUAACAGAGAUGUGAAAUAAAAGGAAACAUUGUCUGUGUCACUGAAAUGUGGAGAAAGGAAAAACCAAACGUGCCAGAGCGCAGCACGAUACAGUCUUAAUCUGUGAGCUGCAGAAACGGAUCUGUUGCAGUUUUAGCGUACAGCAGUAAUGACGGACUAAACUGUACGCGUUCAGGAAGGUGAGGCAAGAUGGCGUUUGAUAAUACCUCACUGGACUACUUCAAUAGUAACUUCUCAGAUAUUCCCAACACCACUGCAGCGCCAGCCUGGAGGGACAGCACCCUCCUCGGCCUCCAGGUGCCCCUGUCUGUGCUGUUAGCCAGCGUCACCCUGGCUACCGUCCUCUCAAACGCCUUCGUCAUCGCCACCAUCUUUCUGACCAGGAAGCUCCACACGCCCGCCAACUUCCUGAUUGGCUCUCUUGCCGUCACAGACCUGCUGGUAUCUAUUGUAGUCAUGCCCAUUAGCAUCCUCUACACCGUUAGCAAAACAUGGUCGCUGGGACAGAUCGUUUGUGACAUCUGGCUGUCGUCUGAUAUCACAUUCUGCACGGCCUCCAUUUUGCACCUGUGUGUGAUUGCAUUGGAUCGGUACUGGGCCAUCACAGACGCGUUGGAGUACUCGAAACGCCGCACCAUGCGCCGGGCGGCGAUGAUGGUCGGAGUAGUGUGGGUGAUUUCUAUAUCCAUUUCCAUGCCUCCACUCUUCUGGCGGCAGGCCAAAGCUCAUGAGGAGCUGACGGAGUGUGUGGUGAAUACAGAUCAGAUCUCAUACACCCUAUAUUCCACCUUCGGCGCUUUCUACGUACCCACAGUGCUUCUCAUCAUCCUCUACGGACGGAUUUACGUCGCGGCCCGAUCUCGCAUUUUUAAGAACCCAUCGUCUUCUGGGAAGCGCUUCACCACAGCACAGCUCAUCCAGACCUCUGCAGGCUCCUCUCUCUGUUCUCUUAAUUCUUCCUCCCACCAGGAGGCACACCUACACACUGGCAGCACAAGAGGUGGCGCAGGUGGAGGCGGAGGGUCGCCUCUCUUCAUGAAUAGCGUGAAAGUGAAGCUGGCAGACAACGUGCUGGAGAGGAAGCGUCUGUGUGCAGCGCGGGAGAGGAAAGCCACCAAAACACUGGGCAUCAUCCUGGGUGCGUUCAUCGUCUGCUGGCUCCCGUUCUUCGUCGGGACCCUCGUCACGGCUAUAUGCAAAGAAUGCUGGUUUGAUCCCGUGCUGUUCGACAUUUUUACCUGGCUGGGAUACCUGAACUCCCUCAUCAAUCCUGUCAUUUAUACUGCCUUCAACGAUGAGUUCAAGCAGGCUUUCCAAAAACUCAUGAAGUGCAGACGCAGCUUCUGAAAAAUUGGAUUAAAAACUCAACUUUACAGUCUUAUCUCCUUCACACAUGCUAAAUGUGAUGUGUUAUCCUUUACGUGGCAAAGAUGUUCAAAAACCUUAAGUAUAAACAUAAAGAUCUAAGCAUGCGUCUUUAAAAAGAGAAAAUCUUUACCAUGCAAUAUCAAGAACUCCAUGAAAUCACUGCCGUUUGUGAUGUAUGUUUGACUAAAGCAACAACGUAAACAAUUGAGGAACUUGUGUGACUGUGUUGAAAAAGCAAACAAGAGCGAUGAGAAAUGAAAAGCCAUGAAAUGUAUGUUGUCUUAAUUUCUGUGUGUUAUAAUGCGCUGAUAUGUACCUGUGGUAAAGUAAAAGUACCACAACCUCUAGAAACCCUGUCUCUGCAUAAGCAAUUACACUUGAGGGAGGUACGUGUGUGUGUGCGUGUGUGUAUGUAUGUGUGUGUGUAGUUGCUGUAAUAUAUGCGUGCUUUGAGCAGAGAGGGUUGUCGAGUGUUUCACAUUUCUACGUGCUCCUCUGCAGUGAAGCUUGUGUCUUCAUGACAGACUGACACGGAAACAGCAUUUAGCACCACACAGAAAACAAACGGCGCCUGCUAAAACGCUUUAUUCUGAAGUCAAGAGGACAAGAAGAGGGCGACGGUAAUGGAUAUUAAAUAAAAUUGGGAACAAUAUAUUUUGAAGUUUUGGAUGUGUUGAUUGCUUAAUGCUUAUUUCAUCUUCAUGUGAUAACAUGUGAUGCAGACAACAGACUUGCAGAAAGAGGCUGAUGGUAAACAUAAAAAAAACAGCUUGAGUCCUUCAGCUAUGACAGAUUAUACUGUAUGUGCCAUAUUUGAUAUUUUAUUCAGGACUAUACCCUAAUGGCUCACAUGAUAGCAAUUACAUUCUGAUGCAUAACCGGUACUUUGGUGAGUGGGUGAAAAAUAUGUUGUCUUUUCUUCUCUCUCCCUCUCCGUUGGUUUGAAGCGACUGCUGGGUUGCCCAGUUCAUGUGCAACAGUCACUACAAUUCUGCUGGACCACCAGCUUAGCUUAAAAUAAAUUCAUUAUUUAUGUGUAUUUUAUGUGUGUUUACAUUUCUUUUGACUGCUGCGGUUGAACCACUGGGCCAUUGUACAACUGAGUAAAACUGUCAAAGCUCUUCUG